ACCAACACAACAUAUUCUCAUAUUCUUCUCAUCUUUUGCUUUCUCCACCCUUUUAUCCACUUUUUUCAUCACCAUCCUCACUUUUCACACUCUCCAAUGGCUGUCUUUCUGGUACCACUGCUCACAUCUUCUGUUAAAACAGCACUGUUUUGUUUUGCAGAUCCCACUUAAUUAAAUCCAUCCACUUCUCAUCAACCAUCAAGCUGAUCCUGUGUGUCUGAACAAUAAUAAUAAUCAUGGCUAAAGGAACUUAUCAAAGUAGCCUGUUGUUCUUCUUGUUCCAGCUUUUGUGCAAGACAGUUACAAGCACAGACACUCCUCUUCCUCAUGCAAAAGAUGUUGAAGUUGUUUGGCGGAAAGAGCCGUUGUUCCCUUCUAUUCACAGAGCGCUAGUCGAAUAUAUCCAAACAGAAUUCGACUCAAUUGACCCCCCAACCACAGCCUUACCCUCCACUUCAAUAACCAAUCCAGUCACCACUCCUGCAGUCAACACCGCACCAGGAAUCAUAACUGUGCCCGGUAUCAACCCCGCCACCAAUCCCAUAAAUCCACCUGUCCCGAUCACCAACCCCGCCACUAAUCCAGUAAAUCCACCUGUGCCAAUCACCAACCCCGUUACCACCCCAAGUACAAAUCAACCAACAGCAUCCGGUCGAGGACAGACCUGGUGCAUAGCAAAGAAUGGAGCUUCAGAAACGGCAUUGCAGUCGGCUCUAGAUUAUGCGUGUGGGAUUGGCGGAGCUGAUUGUGCCACCAUUCAGCAGGGUUCCAGCUGUUAUGAACCAGCUACUCUUCAGAACCACGCGUCUUAUGCUUUCAACAGUUAUUACCAAAAGAACCCCCUACCCACAAGUUGUGAUUUUGGGGGUGCUGCUGCUAUAACCACCACCAAUCCAAGCACAGGUUCAUGCGUCUACCCUUCGUCGUCAUCGUCAUCAUCUUCACCUACACCGGCAAUAACCCAGACGCCCGUUAAUCCAACAUCUUUGCCUGCUGCUCCUGCAACAUCCUUGCCUACUGCAGGGCCAACGUUUCCAGGAAUACAAUCUCCGCCAUCAGGGUUUAGCUUCGGAAACCCUGACUCGACAGGACUAGGAUCUUUUGGUGCAAGCCCUCCCUUGGUGAACAAAGCGUCUGUCGUGUCAAACAGUGGGCUUGGGUCGGUUGUAGUUGUAGUGUUCAUCGUCAUGUUUGGUGUUUUCGGUUGUUGAAGCCGGUAUAAGUGAUAGAGUAAUGGUUUUAGGUGGUAAGUUAUAGGAGAAGAGGGUGUAAUAGAGAGGUUUUGCUUUCCUUUGACUUUUAACUGUUUGUGGAACAUAACCAGACAGCCAUAUGCCAAUGAGACUCUUAACUCAGUAA